GCCGGGUUAUGGCAGCGGCGGGCCGGCCAGGCCCGGGCGGUGUCCCCGCGGUGCCGGUCGCCAGCGGCCACAGCAUCCCGGUGCUGGGGCUCGGUACUUCCCACCGGGGUGGCUAUUCCCAUGGCGCAGUGGUCCAUGCCCUGCAGAAAUGUGGCAUUCGUCAUAUUGACACAGCCAAAAGAUACGGCUGUGAGCCCCUCCUCCAAAGGGCCAUCAGAGAGAGUGGUGUGAAGCGAGAGGACCUCUGGAUAACUACCAAACUGUGGCUCAGUGAUUAUGGCUAUGAAAACGCAAAAAAGGCCUGCUUGGAGUCAUGUGAAAGGCUUGGUAUUGAAUAUCUUGAUCUUUAUUUGAUUCACUGGCCUGAUGCACAAGUUCGAGGUAAAAGCAAUCGAGAAGUCCGAGCUGAAACCUGGAGAGCGAUGGAAGAGCUCUAUGAGAAAGGUUUGUGUAAAUCAAUUGGUGUAAGCAAUUUUCUUAUCAGCCAUCUUGAGCAACUAAAGGAGGACUGUGUGAUUACUCCACACGUUAAUCAGGUUGAAUACCACCCUUUCCAAAGACCUCAGGAGCUGGUUGAUUAUUGUAGGAGCAGAGAUAUUGUUUUUGAAGGCUACUGUCCUUUAGCCAAAGGUGAAGCGCUCACUCAUCCUACAGUCAUUGAGCUGGCGAAGAAAUAUGGCAGAACUCCAGCACAGAUUUGCAUACGCUGGAGCAUACAGAAUGGGAUUGUCACUAUUCCAAAGUCAACAAAGGCAGAACGGAUAGAGGAAAACUGCAAGGUGUUUGAUUUUACAAUAGCAGAAGAGGAUGUUGAAAUUCUGAAUGGAAUGCAUGAUGGGAGACAUGUUUCCUGGGAUCCAACUUUUAUUGAGUGAAUCAAGGUUUUUAAUUCUAAUCUGAAGAAAGAGGAUACCGAAUUUUUGAACACUGUGAAUAUCAACAGAAAAUUAAUUCAUCUAACCUAUUCCCUGUGGAAAGAAUAAUUUAAAACCAGAUUGUUCUAAACAGGAAGUUAUAUAACUGAAACAUUAAUUUUAACUGAACAAUAAAUCUGACUUGUUCUCUUAUGUAUUCAGUAUACUCAAGAAUCAAUAGAAAUGAUCUCCUGUCAUGACCCAGCACUUCAGAAAGGAAUGGCUCCCUUUGUGACCUAAGUUGCAUCAGAAUGAAUAAAAGUAGUUUUUGCUUAUAUGCUCAAAGACUUUUGAAAGUGCAGAAGAAUGACGUGCUGGAGAAGAAUCCUUUGCUAAUCUCUCUUGCAGGGAUUGUCACUAUCUUUACAAGAUGGAUAGUGUUCAGACACUCCGCUGAUGCAAUUGUGAGUUGUCCAGCUGCGCUGGGAGAGUUCGGUCUGGUGGUGUCAGAGGCCACCAGUCUUUUGAUAUGCAGGCAUUGGGUGGACCCCAGCUUACAGCUUCUUUUCUGACAAGAUCAAAGCAUUUUCCUGCAAGGAGAUUGCUCUGUGACUAGCCAGGUUUCUGCAAUCCCCACCACGCUAAGCUCUCACUGGAAGUUCCACAAGAACUUUGGCUGCCACACACUGUCAUUAUCUUCUUGUGACUGUUCAUGACUUCCCUAAAGCAUGAGUUCGUGCUCAUCCUGAAAACUACCUAAAAGCAUAUACAUACUCAGGAUCCCUGUGAAAAAUGCAUCUGCCUCUUUACGCUAGUAGACGUAUUGCAGAUCAUUUUUAAACCAAUUUAACCAGGUGAGGCAUCUGUUACAUAUCAG